GAGAAAGAUGACAAACGUUGCCAGCAUAUGCUCCAUACGUUCUACCGAUCCAAAUUUCCUGGUUUUCAAACCAUCAUCAUCUAUUCAGCAACAUCCAUGGCAGUUUCUCCACCUCAGAACCCACAAAAAAUUACUUUCCAAACCCUUAUCCCAAUAAUCUUUUUUCACCUCCCUCCCUUCUAUCUCUGCAUCAAUUUCAACUCCGUACCCAGUUCCUGCAAAAUUUCCUUCCCUAACUUCUUCUUCAAUGGCAAGUGAGCUCCCAGGGAGACGCAACUCCAAUUCCCAGCUCCUGGAAGAGCUUGACGCGCUAAGUCAAUCCCUCUACCAAUCCAACCCCACCACCCGAAGAACCGCCUCCCUUGCUCUACCCCGGACCUCUGUUCCCCCAAUCUCAUCUACUAUUGCCGCUGCUAUCACCAAAAAUGAGGACGACAGACUCGAGCCCAGGCCUCGUUCCAGGCGCAUGUCCUUGUCACCAUGGCGAUCCCGGCCGAAGCUCGAUGAUGAAGAGCAACAGGACAGAGCGACUAUGCCGUCUGACCGGCCGCAGCAGUUGAAGAAGUUUAUCGAUGAUAAACCUGCUUCAGCUGAAAAGAAGGGAAUCUGGAAUUGGAAGCCGAUUCGAGCUCUUUCUCAUGUCGGGAUGCAGAAGUUAAGUUGUUUAUUCUCUGUUGAAGUAGUAACUGUUCAUGGUUUACCGGCAUCUAUGAAUGGGCUUCGGCUUUCUGUUCGUGUCAGGAAGAAAGAGACCAGAGAUGGGGCAGUACAGACGAUGCCCGCUAGGGUCUUGCAGGGGGCAGCAGACUUCGAAGAGACUCUCUUUGUCAAGUGCAAUCUCUAUUGCAGUAGUAGUGGUGGCAGUGGAAAACAGGUGAAGUUUGAGCCACGGCCAUUCUGGAUUUAUGUCAUUGCUGUUGAUGCUGACGAGCUUGAUUUUGGAAGAAGUUCUGUGGAUUUGAGUCUCCUGGUUCAGGAAUCCAUCGAAAAGAACUUUGAAGGAACACGGGUUCGGCAAUGGGAUAUUAGUUUUGAUCUGUCGGGAAAGGCAAAAGGAGGAGAAUUAGUCCUGAAAUUAGGAUUCCAAAUUAUGGAGAAAGAUGGAGGAUCAGGAAUUUAUGGUCAAGCUGUUAGUCCGGGAGCCGGUAGAGGUACAGAUUCCUCGUCUUCUUUUGGUCGUAAACAAUCCAAGUCUUCCUUCAGUAUUCCCAGCCCAAGAAUGUCUCGCAGAAUGGAACCCUUAACUCCUUCAAAGACUAGAACAUCAAUGGAUUUUCAGGCAAUGGAUGACUUGAAUCUUGAUGAGCCAGCUCCUGCUCCUUCUACUUCCUCCUCCAUUCAGAAACCCAAAGAGAUGGAGCCGGACAUCGAUGACUUCGAUCUUCCAGAUUUUGAAGUUGUGGAUAAAGGAGUUGAAAUCCAAGACAAAAAUGAGAGAUCAGUUUCUAGUGAGGUUGUUAAGGAAGUUGUGAAUGAUCAAAUCCACCUAACAAGAUUAACAGAGCUUGAUUCAAUCGCUCAGCAGAUCAAAGCUCUUGAAUCUAUGAUGAAUAGUGAAAAUUCAGUUAAAACAGAGGAUGAAACUGAAUCACAAAGAUUAGAUGCAGAUGAAGAAACGGUAACAAAGGAAUUUCUACAGAUGCUCGAGGACGAGGAGGCUAAUGAAUUCAAAUUUGGUCAACCUGACAUUUAUACACUCAAACUGGAAGCUGCUGAAGAAGAUGCAGCGGCUGAAUCCAAAGUUUUCCUGUCAGACCUUGGAAAGGGCUUAGGCUCGGUAGUCCAGACAAGAGAUGGGGGUUAUUUAGCUGCCAUGAAUCCUUUCAAUAAUGAGGUAACUAGAAAAGAAACUCCAAAACUUGCGAUGCAGAUCUCAAAACCAUUGAUUCUUCCAUCACACAAAUCCAUGAGUGGGUUUGAGAUCUUUCAGAGAAUGGCGGCUCUUGGAAUUGAAGAACUGAGCUCAGAAAUCCUAUCUUCAAUUCCAAUUGAUGAACUGAUAGGUAAAACAGCAGAACAGAUAGCUUUUGAAGGCAUUGCUUCAGCAAUCAUCCAUGGAAGGGACAAAGAAGGCGCUAGCUCAAGUGCAGCUCGUACCAUUGCAGCAGUAAAAUCCAUGACAACUGCAAUGAGUACGGGCAGGAAAGAGAGGAUCUCGACCGGAAUUUGGAACGUGAGCGAGCAACCAGUGAUGGUGGAUGAGAUUCUAGCUUUCUCAAUGCAAAAAAUUGAAUCUAUGGCAAUCGACGCUUUGAAGAUACAGGCAGACAUGGCAGACGAAGAUGCACCUUUCGAUGUUUCUCCACUUGUUGAGGGUACAGAAAUAAUCAGGGGGAAAGAUCCAAGCCACCCCUUGGCCUCUGCUGUUCCGUUUGAUGAUUGGUUGAGAAAUGGAGGUCUAACUACCUCCAAAGGUGAUCCCGGCAAGCCAGAAAUACUCACACUAUUGGUGGUUAUCCAGCUAAGAGAUCCAUUGAGGCGGUAUGAGGCAGUAGGAGGACCAGUAAUCGCACUGAUUCAGGCCACACAUGUGGAUUCGACAGGGUCCAAAUAUGAUGAGGACAAGAGGUUCAAAGUAGUGAGUUUGCAUGUUGCAGGUUUGAAGGUGAGGGCAGGAGGGAAGCGGCCUCAAUGGGAUGCUGAGAAGCCACGACUAACUGCAAUGCAGUGGUUGGUUGCAUAUGGACUGGGUAAAGCACGAAGGAAGGGCAAACACAUCCAAGCAAAAGAACAAGAUUUACUCUGGAGCCUUUCUUCACGCAUAAUGGCAGAUAUGUGGCUAAAGUCAAUGCGAAAUCCAGAUGUAAAAUUCCCCAAGCAACAAUAGCUGUAGCAUGUAUGGUCACUUUAACCUGCAUCAUGUUUCACUACAUAUGUAAACAUGUAAUAAGGAAAAUGUAUGCUUCGGUACACAUGUGAUCAUGUAAUAAGGUAAAUGUAUUUGUUCAUACAAGCUUUCCUUCCCUAGUAGAUUGUGCUAAUGCAAAUAAAAGCAUAAGAAUUGGUGUCUAGGAAUGGUCCUGUAGCUUGUUGGAGUAA